AUGGAUUCGCCUUCAGAGCUCUCCGAGUACGGCAGCGAUGAUUUUCCCGAAGAUAUCAAAGGCCGCCAGUACGAAGCCACUCCUGACCACGACCCGCGCCCAAGCAAGCGACCACGACUGAACAUUCGCGCGCCAUCUUCACCACCUCAUAUCAGCACGAUGCCGCCCGAGGAAGAGGGCGAUUUGUCUGAAGAUACCGAUGGCUCCGUCCCAGCGUCGCCACACCACCACCCGGGCAUGUCGCAAGACGACGAUUAUGGCCAGGAACAAGUCACCGUCUGCAAGUGGGACGGUUGCACGGCGGGCGAUCUCCAAAACAUGGAUAACCUGGUAGAGCAUCUCCAUGACGAUCACAUUGGUACAAGACAGAAGAAGUAUAGUUGCGAAUGGAGCGACUGUACGAGGAAAGGCAUACCCCAUGCCAGUGGCUAUGCGUUGAGGGCACAUAUGCGCUCUCAUACAAGGGAAAAGCCUUUCUACUGCACGCUUCCGGAAUGCGACCGUUCCUUCACACGCUCCGAUGCGUUGGCCAAGCAUAUGCGAACUGUCCAUGAGACUGAAGCCCUCCGCCCCUCGGACCCCGUCCCUAAGCACCACUCGUCCAACCCCACCAACAACAAGCAGCGCCUCAAGCUCGUCCUCAACAACGAGGCCAAGAAGCUGCCACACGACAAGGGCUCAACACCCGGCUCCCCAUCCUCACAUUCCCAUCCGCCCAACAGCGCGACAAUCCCGCCCAACGCACCUGCAUCAGAUGCCGACUACGCCCACAACAACGUCAUCUACCUGCAAGACCUCGCCAACCCAAACGCGCCAACGCUCGUGCAAUUUCCACCAGACAUAGAGUUUACACCCGAAGAACUACAGAAACCCGCUCCAGAUCUAUUCCAACUGCUACGUCGACAAUUACUCUGGGCGACGCAGGAAGGCGAACAAUUGCGCGCCGAAGCUGAAGAGCUGGAGAGAGUGCGCCAUGAGGAGUGGCAGGCCAAGGAGCUUCUGUUUGAGAACUUCAUGGAAGCACAAGCAGCGACGGAGCGGCGGCGACGAGUCGAGGAGGGCAUGCCAGAUGACAUGGAGGGCUGGCAGUCUGUGGAGAACGAUAUCAUGCCCGCGAAAUCUCUCCCCAUGGCACCAAAGGAUGGACGGCUGCCGUGGUGGCGAGACGAGACUGCGCAAGCCCAGCGGCCCAAGAUUGAGGAGGGGACACAGCCACCCAGGCCACCUCCAGCGGAUAUUCGGCACCAUGAGGAGCUCCAGCCGCAAGUCCCUGUGGCUUAG